AUGGCUGUCAAGAAUGGUUUACUAAUGAAACGGUGCCUAAAUCCUAAAAGGAAAGACAAAACUCUCCUUUGUUCCCAACAGGAUGAGCACACAGCACACUUUCCAGGCAGUGGAGUGGCUGAACUGUUUGAUCUGCCCCUUUUGGUCAAGCUGUCCAUGAUCCCAGGCAAUAAUUUAUACCAUACGACGAAGUUAAGUGAAAAGCUUUUUCAACCUUCUUAUGGUUUUAAUCUGACUGAUCCUUAUUGUCGACUUUUGGACACCCAAUAUAAUAGUCUCCAUGACCCACAUUUAAGAGCAUACCAUUCACGUGAAGAUGUCCGAAGGAAAUUAAAGAAAGGUGGCUACAUCACCAGCAAUGAUGAAAUUGUAUGUAACUUGGCUGAGUUUAACAAGUAUAGGCAAUAUCUUACAAGUCUGAAAUUAGACUUUGAAAGGCACUACUUAAAAGAACAAGGAAUGCUUGCAAAACAAAUAAAUAAACUACAAGAAGACAAUCAACUACGGGGACUUCCUGAUGAUGCACUGUUCCAAAAUUGGUUGUUAUGGGAGGAAUCUUUUAAGGAUCAUGAGCCAGGAGAAGUGCCCAGUUAUUUGGAUAUGAUAAGUAGGAAGUUAGACCAACAUGGACGUACAAGAGAAGAGCAACAACUCCUCUGGUUGGAAAGAGAAAAAAGAAAACAGCAGGAACAAACAAGACGAAAACAUAUUCUUCGUAAAAAAUUUGAAGAGGAAUGGAAGAGAAAACAGAUGUUGCUUCUGACAAAGUCUGCAGAAAGUGUUCGGAGAGAAGUUGGGAUAGAGGAACAACGGCGCAGAAAUAGAGGAGAAAAUUACAAAAAGAAAAAAGCCCUUUUAGAGAAAAAAAUGGCUUAUCACUUACCAAAAAAGCAAGAAAAUGGCUUCAAAAGAAAGGAUAUGGGAAAAAAUCUAUCUGAUGACAAAGGAAAAGAUGGAAUACAGUGUGAAUGCGAGAACAUUUAAGGUGAUGUGGUUCUGUAGAAAGCUCUUUUCCAUGUAUUUACAUUAAAAUUAUUUUGUAAAACUUU